GUCAUCGCAUCUCUCUUCCUUUCCAGAACUUUCGAUUCCUCUUCCUUAUAUACUCUCUCUCAUCCGACUGUCCUUUUCAAAUUAAGUGGCACAACCAGACUCAUUUCGAAAUUCGUUUAAAAAAUCCAACGUUUGUCAAAUGACAACGCACCGUUGACGUUCUGAGAUGAAAAUUUCCUGAUCAAACUCAGAAAACCCAAUUCAGGGAAUCCAAAACCCUUAUGGUUGAAUCUAUUUUCUUCAGCUGCCUAGUUCAAAAGAUCUGUUUUUUAAGAUGAAAUUUCCCUUGCAGGAGAAGGCAAUGAAAGGUGUAGCGGUGAAGGAAGAGGAAGCUGGCGGCAGCUCGUCUUUUGUCUUGUCUCCACAGCCGAUGGAGGGAUUGCACGAUUCCGGCCCGCCUCCGUUCUUGACAAAGACAUUCGACAUGGUUGAGGACCCGGCAACUGACUCGGUCGUAUCAUGGAGCCAAUCUCGCAACAGCUUCAUCGUGUGGGAUGCGCACAAGCUCGCCACCAAUCUCCUUCCCAAAUACUUCAAGCACAGCAAUUUUUCCAGCUUCAUACGCCAGCUCAAUACAUACGCAAGUACUCGAGCUGUUUGAUUCUUUGCAUUUCUCUGACAAAGGCAUUAAAGCUAGUUAUUUCUAUUGAUUUUGGUGUUUUACGACUGAUUGGAGUUGUUUUCUUUCUUUAUGUUUGGAACUGGAAAUAUUCAAAUGUGAAAAUUAUCGUUUUUUGUGA